GGAGACGUUGCUUGGCAACCACUAAAAACAGCCGAAGAAGUCCAAACCGGAAGUAGGCUUCUUUUAGCUUGUAGACCAAAUUGUCGCUUCGAUUUUUCUACACGGGUAAAUAUGGCUGAAGUGGAGGAGACGCUGAAGCGAAUUCUGGGUCAGAAAGGAGUUCAGGGGCUCAUCAUCGUCAACUCUGAUGGAAUCCCCAUCAGGUCUACGUUGGACAACACGAGCACGGUACACUACGCCGGUCUCAUCCAUCAGCUGGUGAUGAAGGCCAGAAGCACCAUCCGCGACAUCGACCCCCUCAACGACCUCACCUUCCUGCGCCUGCGCUCCAAGAAGAACGAAAUCAUGAUCGCACCAGACAAGGACUACUUCAUGAUCGUCAUUCAAAAUCCUUCAGACUGAAGUGGGAGGAAACACAUCAACAUGACAAUAUUUUCAUGCUUUUGCUUUUUUUGUGGUCAUUCCUGGUUUGCUAACGUUGUAAAAAUGUUGAAUAAAUAAUUCUCAUUGACAAUGA